UCCUGAUGUGAAGUAGUCUCGUCGGUCUGUGCCUCGUCAGUGAACUGAUCAUUUUCAUUCAUCAUUGAAGCUUUAUUCUUUUAUUGUAUCAUGACGGAUUCCAUUGGCACACUUGAAGAAGAAGCCCUUAAGCGUAAGGAAAGGUUAAAAAAUCUUAAGCGAAAACAGGAAUCAAAUAGCGCCGAAACAGAUCGAUCUACUGAGAGUGUUCCAAAGCCCAUUUUUCGCAACUAUCGUCCGGAAAGCGAAGGAAUAAAAGAGAAUGUUGUUGAGGAAACUUUACCUAUGGAUGUAGAUUCUGAAAUCAGCACACAGCUGGAAAUGAUGAAAACAACCAUCGCAAUUGAGGAUAUUGACAUAGCAAACCUUGCUCCGAGAAAACCAGAUUGGGAUUUGAAAAGAGAUGUUUCGAAGAAACUUGAAAAACUAGAGCGACGAACCCAAAAAGCGAUAGCGGAACUAAUUCGAGAUCGUUUAAAAGCAGGUCAAGAUGAUAUUCUUCAGGCGGUAAAUGUAGCUGCAGCAACGAUAACGGCUUCGAAAGAAAUCGAAAAUUAAUUCUUUAUUUUUCCACGAUAACUUUAAUAUUUCUUUAAAAUAAAAAUCAACUAUUUU